UAUAGAUAGCAUAAAAGCAUAUUGCGCAUGUCUCGAGUUGCAUCACAGAUUGGUGCAAUUUUAUGCACCAUAUCGUUGACUCGCUGCCGUUUUCAUGCGAACUCGCCCAACAGGCAAGUCGUGCGACGCCGCGUAGCGCCCCGCCGGUGAUACCUGCGUCUGUCCCGAGCAAUAUCCCACUACGCCACUUCCGCUAACUCGCUGCUGAGCAAAAUGGACGCCUUUGUGUCUGUUUUCUUCACAUUCUCAAUAUAAAUACGAUUUACGAGGCGACGCAGUGCCUGUAACGCGGCGAUGUUUGCGCGGCGCCGCGUGAAACGCGUGUGAGGGCAGUGUCGUGAUCGCGAGCUGAGUCCGCGACCCGUCGUGACCGACGUAGAAACGCGUCCAACCAAGUAGGCCAACCGUGGUAGCUCGCGGAUGACAAUUGAGCGAGUAUCCCCCGGACGACGGUGUUCUCACAGUGAAUUUCGCGACGAGUGGCCGCCACGCCAGCCGCUACGACGUGCCUGAGGAACCGCCGGCGGCCGCGAACGACGCGGAACCGUGAAACGGCGCCCGGCCUCCCGCCAAAACCGGCCGCGGACAGCGGACGGUGCGAUCGCCGACGUAAAUAGUCCGGAGUUCAACGUUCGUCGUCCACAGGAGGAUUUUGUCCCUACCUCCUCCCCCCCUCUGUGUUGUUGUAUCAGCUUCCUGGUCGCUCUGAGGAUAUGGUGUUGUACAACGUAUGAUGUUGGAUGGUGGACAUUCAUGCAGAGAAGCUUAAAUAACAAUAUCAAGUUACAAAUGACAUGUAUCAUAUCAUACAGUUUUAGGAAACCAAAGUGUCAAUAAACAUGGAUCGUUUAUUGGAAGAUCCACGAGCUUCAUCAAAAUUUGGUUGAGACUUUUAUUUGCAACAUGGGAACUUAAAAGAGACUUUGUUAAGUUCCCGAUAUUUGCCUUAGUGCUAGUGUCCUUCAAAGAGGAGUAGAAACUAUUCUGUUCAAAGGCUGUAAUGCCAGAACGAAUCAAACUCAAAAUGAAUGGGGUUGUACCGAGUGUGCCAAUAACUACCCUCGCUGGUAUUGCGAGUCUCACCGACUUGUUACCUGAAAUGCCCCUACCGACUCCGCUGCCGCAAACUCUGACUAACAAGUCGCUGCUGUUUCACCCACGAGUAGCGGAAGAAGCCCAGAUAUUGCUAAGCGUUCGCGAUGAGAAUCUCGUGCCGCAAUUGAUAAUGUCUCUGUCACAGACUUCAUCGGAUCACAUUGAACUCAAGGACAAUUAUGCGAAUACCGAGCAAUCGCUAGAAAACGAGCAGAAUACGCCGGAAUUGCUGAAGGCGAUCUUGCAGAUAAACCCUCACGUAUUCAGAGGACCCCAGCACAAUUCUCCGAGAAACUGGACGCAGGGUGGUACACCUAUAUUGCACGCGAAUCAGUCGCCGGCGAGUUAUGGUCGCUUCUCGCCGUCCUACUCGAGUUCUUCAGGCUCCAGGCAAACGCCCCAGGGUAGUCCGGCUCAUCCCGCGGCAGCCAGAUCCGUACUACCGCCGCCGGUAGCCAGCGGUAUCGCCCACGCGCAACAUCCGCGGAUGCCGAUCACGCCGCAGAAUCACGCAGACAUUUCGCAGAUGUCACCCUUCGCCGUGCCUUCUCCGUCGCCCAGAGGCAACGUUAUGACCGAACAAACAAGAACAAUGACAACGCCCCAGCAUAUGCAGGAGGACGCAAACUGUAUAAAUCCUCUGUCGAACAUAACUCUCCAACCGAAUAUAUACUCGCCGGCUCAUAUGAGCUCUCCCAGCACACCACUCACGCCUCUCGGCAAUGUGACGCCUCAGCACCAUAACAUGGCUGGUAUGACGCCGCAGCACAACAUGCAUAUGACAUCUCCCAUGCGCACCAGCAUGCCUCUUCAGCAACAACACCCGAGCAUGGGUAUGCAGCAGAAUCUUUACGAUCCUAUGAUGAAUCAGCAAGUGCAUCACGCAUUGGGCAGCAAUCCGUUGGACAUCGACAGCGCGGUGCAGGAGAAUCAGCAGUUUCUUCUCGAUCCAGUGUCCGGUCUUUCCGAUAUUGAUCUGCCGAUAGAGAGCAUCGACACGAAGCAAGGCGUGGAUCAUGCGGUGCAUUUAUUGCCGACUGCUCAAACCACGUCUUAUCCGAACAUACACGCCACCGACAUGGUUAACACCCUGGAUCCGACUGCGGUUGGCGUAGCGGAUGUACAACAGAAUAACAAUUCGGAAAAGAAGCUUGCCGGGACACUGGCGGAGAAACUGAAGGAGCCCGUUGUCAUGUUGAACAGAUUAUCACUGGCUGAUCAAGCGCUCAUGCAGAAGAGUCUGGCGGCAUUCGCGGAGAAGUCGCCGAGUCGCGCGGCGAAGAUGGGUAUCUCCAAUCGCGACGACGCGAAAACCGACUCCGAGAGCGAGGAGGAGAUCGGCAAGAACAACAAGUACUUCAAGGCCCGCGCGAAGGAGCGACAGGUGCAGCGGGAGAAGGAGAGGACCGAGCGACGAAAGAGCGAUGACAAGACGCGCAGGCGGAAAAGGAUAACGGACGAGGACGAAGAGGAUGACAAACGUGACGCGCCGUACACGCCGACGAAACCAAAAAUACGAAAGAUUGAAAAGAAGCUAGUGCCUGUAUUAGCCAAAUUGAGCGUGGAGGAGUUAAUGGAGACCAAUACGUACCAGCGAUUUAACUCCACCAUAGAAACGAUUUUCGAGAACACCGAGGACAUCACGGCGAACGCCGACAUGGAGGACGACGGCGACGUGGCUGCGGAAAUGCUUAUUCCUAAAUAUCAGCUGCACGAUCUCUGUACGGAAGCAGCGAAACUGAAAACCCUAGGCGCUAUGGAGUCGAUACCCUCGGACAGAUUGGUGAGGCUGCUGAAUAUUCUGGAAAAGAACAUACGGGACGGCGCCAGAGUGUCGCCGCUCGUGGAUCCGGACGACGACGUCGAGGAGGGACGAUUGUGGAUGCAGUUGGCGAUGGAGCGAGUGCAGCGCGCCGUGGACGCGUCGCUGAUCGCGUUGCACAUCAUGACUUCUAGCAAUAUGCCGAAGACUGUCUACUUGGAGGACGUCAUCGAUCGAAUAGUUCUUUUUAUGAAGUUUCAACUGCAGAACACGAUCUAUCCUUCUUUCGAUCCCGUUUACAAGAUAGAUACGAAGAGUAAGAACAAGACUGACACUUUUAAUUCUAGUGGACGCAAGAAGCGGGGCCACAUGAAGGAGGUGCGCGAAAAGAGCAUCCUGCAGGUUUACAACAAGAUGCACGAGCUGGUGGGUCUGCUGGCCGAGUUGUUGAACAUACAGGUUCUCACGGACACGAGUGUUCUUCACGCGUCGUCGUUGGGCGUCGCGCCGUUUUUCGUCGAGUCGGUGAGCGAUCUUCAACUGAGCGCAUUGAGACUCGUCACUAUAAUAUUCACCAAGUACGAGAAGCACAGGAGACUGUUGUUGGAUGACAUCCUGGCAUCCAUAGCGAGACUACCCAGCAGUAAAAGGAGCCUGCGCACGUACAGGCUGAACUCCGAGGAUCACAUACAGAUGUUAACCGCGUUGGUUUUGCAGCUCAUUCAAUGCGUGGUGGUUCUGUCGGAUUCCAAGUCGAAGGAAGAUGACGAGAAGAAGCCGAGCCACGUCGACGCCGAUGUUUUCAUUAUCAAUAGAUACGAAACUGCCACCAGAAUCGCCGGAAAUUUUUUAACAGUUUUCCUCAACAAGUGCGGCAGCAAGGGCGAGGAGAUCGAUUACAGACCGUUGUUCGAGAAUUUCGUGCAGGACUUGCUCGCAACGGUGAAUAAACCCGAGUGGCCCGCCGCUGAAUUGCUGUUGAGUCUCCUCGGAAAUCUGCUGGUAGGACACUUUUCCAACAAAAGUUCCGAUAUGUCCCUUCGAGUGGCUUCCAUCGACUAUCUCGGUGUGGUGGCGGCGAGAUUACGCAAGGACGCGGUCAGUUCGCAAUGCAAGUUGUCCACCAUCGACCAAAUUAUACGAGACAUCAAGCUCGAGCAGCAGAAGGACUCGGAUUACGAUCAAAUAAAGGACAAAGAAAUCGUGGGACUGAGCGAGGACGAGGAGAGAACGGUAUUUCUGCAGAAGGUACUCUUGGAUUAUCUGGCCGUGAACGGGACGAAGGACUCGGCUCUCGGAUACGCGCGUCAUUUUUAUCUGGCCCAAUGGUACCGGGACUGUGCGCUGGAAAAGUCUCUGGUGGGUCAAUCGGGGAAAAACAGCCCGACCAAGAUCAAGGUGAACAAGAAGCGAUCGAAGAAGAAGAACCGCCAUCACAACAGCGAUCAGGACACCGAGUCCGAGUUGGACGAGCAGGAUCCAGACGAGAACGACAAUAACGAGCAGAAGAAUUCGGAGGCUUACCGGAUCAUCGAGGAGAAGAAGAAGUACAUCAUCAGCAGAAUAAGACCGUGCAGCACGGGAACGAAACCGGACAUCCUUCAGACGUACAUCGAUUACAACUCGGCGGAACUGAUUUCGCAGUAUCUCGCGUCCAAAAGACCGUUCUCGCAGAGCUUCGACAAGUAUCUCAAGCAGAUCCUUCACGUAUUGACGGAAUCAUCGAUCGCCAUUAGAACCAAGGCGAUGAAGUGUCUCACCAUGAUCGUCGAGGCCGAUCCGAGCGUGCUAGCGAGAGUGGACAUGCAGUUGGGCGUCAAGCAUUCGUUCCUCGAUCACUCGACGUCCGUGCGAGAGGCGGCGGUGGAUUUGGUAGGAAAAUUCGUACUGAGCAGACCUGAAUUGAUCGAUACGUACUACGACAUGCUAUCGGCGAGAAUUCUCGACACCGGCGUGAGCGUGAGAAAGCGCGUCAUUAAAAUUCUCAAGGACAUCUGCAUGGAGUGCCCGGACUUCCCCAAAAUUCCGGAGAUAUGCGUGAAAAUGAUAAGGAGGGUGAACGACGAAGAAGGCAUUCGGAAGCUCGUCAUGGAAGUUUUCCAGAAUAUGUGGUUCACACCGGUGAGAGAGCGUCCGACUCUCGACUCGGAAUCGUUGCUGAGGAAGGUAAUAAAUAUUACGGACGUGGUGGCGGCCAGCAAGGACAUGGGACUCGAGUGGUUCGAGCAGCUUUUGGUGAGUCUGUUUAAACCGAAGGAGGACAAGGACGACAGCACGAAGAUGCAGACGGAGCCGCCGCGAGUGUUGCUGACGGCGUGCAAACAAAUCGUGGAUUGCCUGAUCGAGAAUGUGCUGCGGCUGGAGGAGACAAAUCUGGAUUCGGACAAACCGGGCAAGAAGGGUUCGUCGCAAAGGCUAGUCGCGUGCCUGACGACGCUUUAUCUGUUCGCGAAGAUUCGACCGCGGCUGCUGGUCAAUCACGCGAGCACUCUGCAGCCUUAUCUGAGUCUCAAGUGUCAGACGCAGGGCGAUUAUCAGAUCAUCAGCAGCGUCGCUCACACGCUCGAGCUGGUGGUGCCUCUGAUGGAGCAUCCGAGUGAAAUGUUUUUGGCGCAGCUGGAGGAGGACUCGGUGAAGCUGAUCCUGCAGCACGACAAAUCGGUGGUCGCGAGCUGCUUGUCGUGUCUGGGCUCCAUAGUCAAUAAUGUCACGCGAAACUUCAAGCUGAUACGAGACUGCUUCAAGAAAUAUUACGGACACUUGACGUGGUACAAAUCGUUUUACGAAAAAGAUCCGACGAAUCCGAUGCUGCUCAAGUACCGGCCGUAUUUCCGGCGAGCGCUCUUCACGGUCGGUCUAUUACUGCGCCACUUUAACUUCAUGGAUCCGGAGGUGAUCGAAGGCCUGGCGGACAACAUCAAGGAUCAGGUCUUCGAGACGCUCAGCUACUUCGUUCAUCUGGAUAACGACGACAUCCGGCACUUCACUCUGUCCGCCAUUGGUUCUCUUUGCAUACGGCACUACGAGUUUAUGAUGCUGCCAGAGCUGCAGGAGCUCUACCAUCACCUGCUCACGUCGGAACACGCGCUGGUUCAAAUGAGGAUUCAGGUACUCAAUAAUAUUGAGGUGUAUUUGCAGGAGGAGGAGAAGCGGAUGAUCAAACAGGACCAGGAGUGGGCGAAAAUGUCGAAGCAGGAGAAUCUGAAGGAGAUGGGUGACGUGUCGUCCGGUAUGGCGAGCACCGUUAUCCAGCAUUACAUCAAGCAGAUACUCGAGUCCUUUCUGCACGCCAAUAUAAGCGUACGGCGCGCGGCUCUCAAGGUUAUUCAGCUGAUUCUGGCGCAAGGCUUGGUGCAUCCCGUCCAGAUUGUACCCUAUCUGAUCUGCAUGAGCACCGACUGCGAGAAAGCCGUGAGUCACAGCGCGGACAAGCAGCUGCAGGACAUCGAGAAGAAGUAUCCCGGCUUCAUCCACAUGAAAUCGCAGUUCGGCAUCAAACUGAGCUAUCGGUUGCAGAAGAUCCUGCAGAACGAUAUCACGGUGAGAGGCAUGCGGGCGAAGGACGGCGAAUUCCCAGGCGCGCUCAACGGCUUCCUCUACACAAUUCUACGCAGCACGAAGCAACAGAGACGUGCGAUCGUGAUCUCCUUUCUCAAGCACUUCGACGAGGCCGCCAAGAGCAGUCUGUCGCAGAUGCUGUAUCUAGCGGACAAUCUCGCCUAUUUUACAUAUCAAGUGCAAGACGAGCCGCUCUUCAUCAUCCAUCACAUCGACAUCAUCAUUUCCAUGUCCGGUACGAAUUUGCUACAAUCUUUUAAGGAGGCUCUGCUGCCCAAAGAAGGCGGUGCGCAGUCACACUCGCAGUCAGGACCAUCCGGGCAGAUGGUGCACAUGUUCGAACAAACCGCACCGCAAAUAGCAGCAGUAGCAGCAGCGGCAGCGGCGGCAGCAACAGCAGCGGCAGCAGCAGCGGCAGCAGCAACAACAACAACAACAGCAGCAGCAACAGCAGCAGCACCGGAUAAUCAACCGAAAUCAAAUCAGUUGGCUAUUGAAGAUGAAGAAGACGACGAGGAGGACGAAGAAGCUAUUCUGGCUAGAUUACCAGACAACACCACCUUGCUCAGGGAAUAUAUUACCGCCAGUCAAGGCUUUCUACUUUUAUUGACGCUGCGGCAACACCUCAAGGACCUCUACGGCUUCUCCGACGCGAAAAUCGGUCAAUAUUCGCCUAUGGAAGGAGCGAAAGUCUACGAGAAAGCGGUGAAUCGCAAGAACAAUCUACAUUUCGAGCCCAAAGCCACGCUGCAGAGGCUGCGGGACGGCGCGACUGACGUGAAGAAGGAGCUGGACUUGAGCGGCAGGAAGAAGCUCGUGAAAGAAUAUCUGGACUUCAAGCAACUGAUGCUCAAGUUUGAUCCUGAGGAACCGGACGAUGACGGCGGCAACGACCACGGUGCCGCCCACACCAGCGCCGGCGGCAAGCACAGCGCGGAGAAUCCGCAAAGAGCGAGGAUACAGCUGCACCCCGCGGCCGUCGGCAGCAGAAUGAUAGCGGACGGCGCGGUCCCGGGAGACAGCGCCGUUCUGGCUGUCGCGGGCGGCCAGCAGCAGUUUCAGUUACCGCUGCAACCGAAUCUGAAUUCCGUUCCGAUGGAGCAUCCGAACAAUUCAAUGAACUCGCUGCCAAUGGCCGCUGCCGCGGCUGCGGCGGCGGCGACGGCGGCGGCAACUCCGAUGACAAUGCCACGAGUGCCGAAACUGACGAUACACGCCAAUCCGGACGCUAGGGAGUCGCACCGCAAGCAGCGCGCGCACAAGACAGACAAGUCGGUGAGAAAGCAUAAGAAGAAGAAGAGGAGAAGAAUCUCCGACAGCAGCGACAGCGGGGGCGAGGACUUCAGUGACCCUGACUUCCUCGUGUGAGUGCGGUGGUAUAUCUCGUCCUGUAUGUACAUAUACAUGUCUGUGACAAGUGUGUGUGUGUAUGUGUGUGUGUGUGUGUGCGUGGUCGACCGAUGACGUUCGUGGACAAUGCCUGGACGCUGUUGUAGCGCGACGGGCCCUUUUCCUCCCGAAAUGACUCUCUUCCCAGACCCCUUCCUGUCCCCUUGAAGUUGUGCUACGACUUUGGAGGCGGUUCGCUAGUAGCGUUCCGGAAGAGACAUAGAGACUAUAACAGUGAGAAUGCGUAUGAAUGAGCGAAAGAGAGCAAGAGAGAGAGAGAGAGAGAAAGAGAACGAAAGAGAGAGAAAGAUAUAUAUAUAUAUAUAUAUCUUCGAUAGGAAUGAUAGACAGAUUUUUAAAUGCGAUCGAACGUUGAGGUAGGAUUAACAUGUUGUUAGCCGAAACGGUGGACGCCUGUAAGGUUUAUCGAUCCAUGGCCGUUGUGUUAACAAAAUCGGCUCGGAAAAUAUUUCAUGCGACCGACUCGGGAAACUUGGUUCGCUCGAAUUAGCUUGUUCCGCUUUCUCCCCGUCAAGAGAACUAGAUUACAUGACUCCGUCGAUACGGCGCGUAGGACAAGGAACUUAGGUGUGGGUGGUCCGAGAAGAUACCGCGAACCAAGUUCUUCGAGAGAGAUCAAGUACAAUAAAUCACGUUCGAACAAAAUUCAUUUGUAAAUAAUAUCACAUAGCGACGACGACGUGGUACGAUUGUGGGUUUAACUUCUUUUUACGGAGGAAACAAUUAGCGCGGAAAGGAAAGAAAAGAAACCUAAAAAGCAACGUACAAUUCGAACGAUUUUGAUUUAAUUUUAUUUUUCUCUUUUUUUAGACUGAAUUUUUAAAAGUAAGCACUGCUUAUUUCGAUAAUGCUAACUUAAUAAAAUUUAGAUAUAUUUAUGCCGAUAGAUUUGUAAUCAUGUAGAAUUUUUUAUGUUUGCCUUAAAGUUUGCCGAAAUUAAAAUUUUCUGUACGCUCUACAGAAAAUAGGAUUGCUAUACAUUUAUACAGUAACAUUUGUAGUAACAUUUUCUAAACUUCACAAGAGGAAAAGGUAAUGAAUUGUCGUAUCACGACACUACGACAGCUAGAAAAGAUAAAUUUAGAAGUGUGGUCUAACAAUGGUCUAAUAAAAUGAGAUUUUAUUUUAUAAAAAACGACAAAUAUUCAUCUAAAUUAAUCAGAAUUUAAGAAUAUGAUAUCAAAAAUUUAAUUGCAAUAUAUUCAUUGAUACGUAAAUACUUCAGAAUUUUUUGUACUUUCGAGAAUGUAUAUUAAAAAUUUAGUUUAUGAAAAAAAAAAAGUUUAAUAAUUAUUCUAUUCAUAAUGGUAAUAAUUAUAUUAAAAGAUUCUAGAAAACUUCAUAACUUACUUUUAAGCAUAUCUCCGAAAUUUAAAGAUAGAGCGAGUAUUAUCGACAUAAGUGGUAAUUACUCACUUUCUAAAAGUGAAACCAGAUAUUCAGAUCCAUGAAAUUCGGCAAAUGGUACGAAUCGAACCUCGAUGGAGGAGCAAGAUCCUCCCCUGCAGUAUGUAUAAUAAUAGAGGUGUAGCAGGACGCAUUGCCUAUGCAUUACGAAACGUUGUUUGUAAUAUCUGUACAUAAAAAAAAUCUUCAAGUAAAGUAUCUUAUUUUCUUACAAACUAUAUAGCGGUGACAUUUACGAAGAAUACUUAAGAUUUUGUUGUAAUAUUAAGUAUUUAUUCAGGAUUCAUGUUGUCCCAAUAUAGUUUGCUUCACGCACUCACUCGUCCUUGGUGUAUAAAACGACGAAAAUGACAAAAAAAAAAAAAAAAAGAACAAAGGUAUCGUUUUUUAUACAAGCUUAUAGAAGUGAAUGUGAUAGUGGCGUACUCUUCGACGAAAGCGAAAAGCGGGAUCUCCUAUUCGCGUAAGAUAGAAGCACGGAAGAAACUUAGGAUGUGUUGCGAAGUACUCGAAAAGUGCGAUCUCAAAUAUUUUGUUAAUAAUCUAUUGAAUUAGAUAAGAUUUUGUAAAAAAAAUUCGCGCGCUUAAGCUCGUAUAAGUUUCCAGGAUAUUUCAUUAGUAUUGGAAAUCCAAGGACUAAGGAAACUAAAGUAAUUUUAAGCAAUAUUAUUUUAAAAGAUAAAUUAAAUAUUUGUAGAAAACAUAGUUGAAUUAAAAAAUUAUUUGUAGAACACAUAUUCGAAAAGCUAUGAGAAAAAAGUUGAUAAUUAUUUCCUAUACAAUUUGUAUGAAUAAAUCUAGUUUUGGGAUCGCACUCUUCGCUUUCGUUUCCGUUUCCAUCGCUAAUGCGGUUAGCUGUUAGCUGCACCCGAGAAGAACACGACGAAAUGAAAGAAACUCUUUUUUUUAUCGUAUCUCAAGACCCAAAUGUCAUCGAUACUCGAUUCAAGGACAGCUGUGAUUUGAAAAAUCGCAAAGAGAUUGUAUCGUGACUUUCUUUUCAUCGAGGCGCAAUUGAUCUUUUUUAUACAUUUAUAAUUCACAAAGAGAGAGAAAUGUGUACGCGUGGUACGAUAAAAAAAAUUGUGCAAAUGGUCGUCGCGUUCUUCUUACGGGGAUGGGAUGUGAGCGCAAAAUGGACCAAGGUUCCCUCGUUAUCCGAUUAAAUCAAACUCGAACACCACUUAGAUGUAUUCAGUACCUGUCCGUCGGGACUUCAGGAUAUCGAAUUGUACUAGUUUUUGUAUCAGGAGUAGUGAUUUAUCAUAUCUUAGGUCGCUAGUUGAGCGCGCGCAUCUCUCUUCGGCUUGGAAACGGAGAUAACGAUUCGAUCAAACGAAUGCUUCCAUAGUUUUAUCCUGUCGCUUCGAGGAAUUUGCUAACGACAAUUGCGUUCAUUAACAUACACCUCGAACUCGCGCAGUAAUUAACGAUUAUACAAAAUUUUUAUGUUUUCUAGAAUGCGUGGAGAGGAAAAGUUGAUGAGUGAUCAUUAGUACGCAUUGGAAUUUUCGACUUUUGUUUUUUUUUUUUCACACAAGUGAAAUAUUGAUUCGUCAUAUUAUCUAUCUAAAUUUUGACUUCUUUUUUCUCAAGAAUGUCUCUGAGAAAAAUUCAAAUCAUUCAAGGGGAUUUUUGUUGUGCAUUAUUGAAUAUUGAUUUUUCAUGAAUAUCUUUAUUUUUUUCUAAAAUUAUUGAAGAUUAUUGUUAAAUAUUUAUUUCUAUCGGAUUCAUCAUUCGUAUGUCUCAUUUCUUUUAUUCAGAAAUAGAAAACUCACUAUUACAUAUGAUUGUUAUAUAUAUUGCUGAAUUUGUAAUAUUUUAAUAAUUUUGUCAGAUGCGAUUUGCGAGUUUCUUUCGCGAGUUUCGCAAUUUCCCGUAAGAAGAUUAUAUUCUUCUAUAUUCAAGGGAGCGUUUGUUCGAUCAUUGGCAACGUGAUGCAUUUAUAUAUUCAAUUACGAAAAACUACGUGCAAAUUUGAUAAGUUUAUUAUUGAACGUAAAGUCUUGGAAGAUAUGUUCUUUCACACCCUUGGUUUAUGAUUAAACUCGCGCUUUAUCGAGGCCCAGGUGUACACGGUUGUCUAUAUCACGUUAAUAAAUCUGGCAGUAAAACA